GAUUUUGCGGAGAAAUUAUAGACAAAAUUUCUUCGGGUUCUUUUGAUUUAGCGAUAAAUUGACUGAAAAGCUACAGAAACACAUGUAAAAGAUAUACAGAUGGCACCGAUAAAGCAUAAGGAUUGGAUUCUUUCCUCGAUUGACCAGCUGAGGCAUAGAAAAGCCCGACCCGAUCUCAAUCGCAUUUGCCACAUGGUGCGAAGGAGGUACGGGUUGAGUAUUCAAGAAACGACGGCAAGUCUGGAGAAUUUAGUUGAUGCGCGUAUUGUUGUGAAAGUCGAAUACAAAGGACACACAAGCUACAGAAAUGCUGCAAAAUGGAAGAAGAGUGCAAUGGGAGGACAAGUACUUAACUCAAAUGCAUUCAUUCAAGAUAUCCAAAAAGCUGUAGCAGAAAUAUGCAAAAAUAACUCCAGUGGUGAGCGGGGGGCAAAUAUACGCGAUAUUGAAACAUGGCUGGCGGCUAACGGUUCAGAAGAGACGGAGAAAGAAUCGGCGAAUCUCGAAGACGCCCUCAAUAGGGAAGUAGAAAAUAAAAGAUUGAAAAGACUUUUCUUUAAUGGUCACUAUAUCAUAGCCAAGAAGAACACAGAAGAUAAAGAAAAGUCCAGACCAAAAGGAGCGAUUGCGACAACAAGUGCGAAAUCUACGGCCGAAAAUACGAAUCCAACAACAGUGAAGAAACGCGGCCGUCCCCCUUCAAAACGAAUGAAAUUUAAAAAGACUCAUGGACCCGAUUUCGAGAUGCUUGAUCUGGUUGGGAAAAAAUCCAAGAAUAUUGAUGCUGGUUUUUAUGACGACGAUGUGAAUGCUGUUUGUGAUUUUUGUAAACUUACUUCUUCAAAGAAUAUAAAAGGAAAACCAGAAAGACUAUUAUUUUGUCAUGAUUGUAAUGCUAUAGCUCAUCCAUCUUGUAUGAAGUAUUCACCUAAACUUGCUAAGAAAGCAUAUAAAGGAGAAUGGCAGUGUAUAGACUGUAAAACAUGUUGUGUUUGUGAUGAUGCAGAAGCUGCAACUAUUAUGUUAUUCUGUGAUUGGUGUGAUAGAGGAUAUCAUAUGACGUGUCAUAAACCAACACUUAAAGAUAAACCUAAAGGGAAAUGGAUGUGUUCUGAUUGUGGAGGAGCAAGUGUUUCAAAGGUUCAGGAAGUAGAAGAAAGUAGUGGGAGUGAAAGUAUCUGUAAUGAUAAUUAUGGGUCUUUUCCACCGACACCAUGUGAUUCACCAGUUCAAUGUGAUGAUGAAAAAUAUAGAUAUAAGUUGUAUAAAAAGAAACAAUCAUCGAAAGAAUCUUUAGCAAGAGAGCUAUCAAAGGAUCCAAAACUUGAUGGCCAAUAUUAUCCUGAUGCUUCUGAUUGGACAAUAGAUCAAGUAGUCCAGUUCUUCCAGUCACUAGGCUAUUCUGAUCAAGUAGAAUGUUUUAAAGAUCAAGAAAUUGAUGGUAAAUCUUUAUUGCUGAUGAAGAGAGUGGAUGUUCUAACAGGACUUUCUCUAAAACUUGGACCGGCUUUAAAAAUCUACCAACAUAUACAAGGUUUACAAACAGCUGGUUUAGAAUUUUAGAAGAGAAGAUGUUAUGUGAAUGUAUGAUUGAGUGAUAUGUGAUUUAUUUGAUUAGAAAUUGUUUUAUUAACGUUGCUGAUUGUUGUGUCCAUUUUUGGCUUGAUCCAUGCUAAAGUCUACUUACAUUGAUUUUUUAAAAUUUAAUUAAGAAUAGAAAAUUAAGAUAUCAACAUAAGAUAAUAUUACGUCUUUGAUUCAGUAGCAUUAAUAAGAGGCCAUCAAAGACUUUCACGAAAAUGUUGGUGGCUUGCUUUGAUUAUUUCCCCUUUUAUUGUCGGCAGAGGAUGCCGAAUGUUGACAUUAGUUUCAAUUCAUCAUAUCUUUGUAAAUUCUGAAUGGAAUUGAACCAUUUCAUUGAUUUUACAAUAGUGUAGUUCACUAGGGAUUCAGAGUCCAUCAAAUGGUGAAAAGAAUCUUUAAAGACUGAUAUUAUUCAACUUGAAAUGUAGAAUGGAUGUAUUCACCAAAUUAUCAUAUAACAAAUUACCACUGUAAUCAAAAUUUAAAUGUCGGUAUUUUUCUCUCGGUACUAAAGAGUACUUACUAUUGGUUGAAAUAAAUGUAUAGAUAGUUGAUAUUGCUAAAUAAGAUCAAAGUAUUUACCUAGUAUAUGUGCUGCUGUUGUCUGUUGAUUUAAAUGACUAAAAUUGUGCCAAAGGUAAUCUUCCAAUUUAACCAUUUAUACAAAUGUGCAAGUUAAUGUCUUGAUUAAAUUUGAACAGUGUGGUUUGUUAUGGGUAUAUUUUAAACUAUUGUACACAGUUAAAUAUUUUGUAUUUGUUUUUGGUUGUACUUGAUGUUUUGAAUAUUUUUUAAUUAUAAGGAGCUUUAAUAUACACGUAUGAUAAUAAAUGUAGUAAUGGUCAUUUAAAACAUAUCAAAUUUUUUAAAGAAAUUAAUUUAUUUUUUUGAAUAGAAGUAUUGUUAUGUAUAUGUAGGUUAUAUGUGAUAAGAAUACCGAUUGUUAACAGAUGUAAAUAUUAAGAAUAUAAUAAAUGUAAUGAAUGAACAUUAUAGGUUAACAAAUUAUGUUUCUAAGAUAAUUUCAUUAAAGAUGCAUUAUUCAAGAACUAAUUCUGCCUAAUACAUAUCUUUUAUUUGUUGUCAAAUGUUAUGUAAAUCAUUAGACAUUUAUUUACAUGUCAAGCCCAUAAUCAACUCUUUAGAACUUCGGAUGGUUUUGGUUUUGAACAGAUGUAAAUAUAAUUGGCAGUUAAUGAUGAUUUGAUCUAAUUAAAAAAUGGAUAAUCAAGACUUUGUUCAUUAUCAUAGCAAUGACAAUCAAGACUACACUGUUUUUCCAACGACAACUCCGCUCAGAAUGAAGUAAUUUGACUGACAUUUUCAACAUAUGUCAGCUCGUUAUCUAAAUCUUACAUAAUGCAUCUUUAAAUACCAUGUAAAUAUUUGUUUUGGUAACUUGUAAACAAUGUUAACAAUUAUGAAAUGUGAUGAUGAAACUGAAUCCUGUAAUACUUGUACAAUAUGUCAAUAUCCUGUAAUAAUUGUCAAUAUCAGUUGUAUGAAGCUUUUGCUAACAUGAUGAUUCCUAUACUGUUUCAAUGGCAUUUAGUAACUAAAUUGGAUAUUUACACAUGGAAUACAAAUACUGUUAAUUGUGAGCAACAUUUUAACUAGGAUUGUCUUGUCUUUAUCAAGCCUUUACUUUAAAAUGUUGCUCAAGAAAUAAACAUUUAUGACAUGUGUAAACUUGUUUAUUUGAAGUGAAUUAUUAAAAUAAAGACAUGCCAUAUGUUAAUCCCCGAAUAAUAAGUUAGUUUUGAGUCGAAAUUAAGUUCAAUUCCCUUUAUAUGACAAGGGAACAUAGGUAACAGUUUAAGAUUCAUUUGAAAAUAAAUUUGAUGGGGUUUAACAACCAGGAUUAGUAUAAGUGUAUUGGAUAUCUACUGCUUUACUAUGUUCAUUCUUGUUCAUUUAUUGUUUCUGUAUGCAAUAUUAAACUGCUUUUUUAUUUUUA